AGUGACGUUAAGGUCGCGGCUUCAACCAUUAUCUUUCUCUUUGUGAAGAUGAUGCAUUAAUGGGAUUCUUGUCUGGGUUUUGGAUUUGUAUUGUUGAAACAGAGCGCAGGAUACUGUAACAGAUGGUUAUCGUUGUGAGCGGUCUUACUUUUGUGGGGUUGAUAUGCUGAACUGUGCUAUUGGUGGAAGGAUAGUAAAAGUGGUGCUAAGAGGAAAGAACCUGUUUUUUUUUCUUACAUCUUGAAGCCUGAUGACAGCUUUUGCUGAGCAAACCUUUUUGGAGGUCCUGAACAGAAAAAAUUGUGGCUUUUGGAUGGGAAUGAUAACUCAUUGCAGCGGAAAGAGAAAAGAAAUAACUGAAAAUUGUCAUGAUGUUAUGGAUGGGAAAGAGGGCUGUUUAUCACCUGGGAAGAAAUGUGCACUUGAUUGAGAGAAGGUUAUUUCUAUUUCAUAUGUGGGUGCCAUUGCGUAUAAAUGAGAAAAAACUAGAUGACUAAUAAAAGCAAAAUAGAUGUCAACAAGUGAAGCUUACCAUGCCAUAAAAAAUGACACUGGAAAGUAAAAGUGGUUAUUCUAAGUCCAUGAAAGAAAAGCAUGAACUAAAACCUGUAAACAGUAAAAGUAGUAAAAUACAGAAAGACAAGCAUCAGCAAAAAAAUGCAGACAUAAAAAAACACAAAACUUCCACCGAGGAGAAAAAUACCAGUGCUGCUUAUUCAUUUAAGGUUAAAGAAUCAAAAGCCAGAACUGAUGAUGAUUUUUCUCAAAGAAAGAAAGGUGAAACUAAAAAAGACCAGGAAAGUGCUACUGUUAGUACAAGUCCUGCAAAAAAGGUUGAAGUCUCUUCUGUCCUACCAGGUGAAGAGGAUAAUUUUAAGGUUACUGGUUUUAUAGGUCCCUUAUAUAAGCCUGGUGAUAAAAAAAAGUCCGCUGAAGGACUAAAAACAAAAAAAAUCUGCUCAAACAUAGAAAAGAAAAAAGUACCAUCAGCUUUGGAUCAUACAGCUGAUCACUUGGAGAAGCUUGAAGAAAAUGUGCAGUCGUGUGGCCAAGUACAGAUUGAUGAUGUGUUGAGCCAGUUUUAUAAAGAACUUGAUGAAAUCGAAACCACAACAGAUUUUCCAGAAGGCAGUGAACCGAGCUGUAGUAAACUUGCUUUAAGUCAGGCUAAAACAGGUAAACCAGAACCAAUCCAGGUAGUACUGCAGGAGGAGUACUGUUCAGCACAAGAUGAUAGCUCUACCUUUAAUUACGAGGACAGCCAGAGUGUGCUCAGUUCCAACAGACUUGAGAAUUACAGUGGAAGUGGAUGGCAGAACUCCAUGUCAGUGUCGCAGCCUGUUAACCAGCCAAGUUCUACUUCAUGUGGUUUACCUGUGUCUUCAUUUAGACCUGAGUGGCAGCAUCCACCUUCAUCUGUACUUCCUGAGGGUCAUUCUGUUUCAUAUUUGAAUCCAUCUGUUCAUUUUCAGAGUCCUAGUGUAAUUGCCCCUCCACCUGUUGGUCCAUUAUAUUAUAGUAACCAGGGGUAUGAAGGCAUGUUACAUGAUUGUGCUUGGAGUCGUGAACAGCUUUUUCAGAAUAACCAGUAUGAUGUACAUAAUCCAUUAGCCAGCAACACUACUUCUCGAGGUCCAUCACCUGUUACAAACCCUGAACAUGCCAAGCAUAGUAGCCCAUGGCAUAGUAUAACACUUAGUGAAUCUGGGCAGAAAACCUACUGUCCUGAUCAGCGUAAUCAUCAUAAGCAGCAUCUCAACAACAGUGAUCCAGAUUUUAAUAUUCUGACUAAAGGACAUGAUAGUAAAACUGAUCAAGACCCCAGAAUGUAUUCAGAUGACAAGACAAGUCCUGUUGGAAAGGAUAUGCAAGAAAAUGACAAAGAACUUCAACCAGGAAUAGCCAUCUUUGAUGAAAGGGGGGAAGAAUGUUCAUUGAAACAAAAUCUUGCAGGGUGUUCUUUCAGUAAGGACAUUCCCAGUCCUGGUGUACAGAAUAUAGAGGAAAAAUGCAUUUCACACAGCACAAGAGCAAGCAAUUCUAACAAGUCUUUGACAUCUGAUUCACUUCAGCAAAAAGACUGUCCAUUUCAGAAUGACUCUGGGCAGCACCUUAUGGUGGACAGUAUGCAGUGCAGUACGUCAAUUCAGAAGGAUGAGAAUUAUUGCUACCAUGAUAAGUUAAAACAGAACAGCCCUGUUAAUUGUGAAAAUAGACAAAGAAAGUUUUAUGCAGCUGGCUUUUUUGGCUAUUAUGAACAAAAUAACAGUGAUGAUGGAUAUGAAGUAAACCCUUGGAUGGACUCUCUUAAAGCUGAUUUAAGAAAGGAAAAGCAUUUACAGCCCCUACCAUUUGAAUUGGAUGACUUGCGUAAUCUCCUUGGGGAAGAUAUCAGGGCAAACAGCCCAUGUUUUGGCAUACAGAAUGGAAACCAUGCUAAUGAACCAAGCAAUGUAAGUGGUUUAGAAAACCUGCAAAAUGAUGCAGAAAUGCAUUAUACAGAAAAUAGCCCAAGUGUCCCUGUAGGGAGUGAUGAAAGAAAUUGCAGCACGCAGUGCCCUGGAGCUGACGAUCCUGCACAAAACAGUUGUGAAUUUGAUGAAAAAGAGGUGCAACCAUGGAUGGAAUCGCUAGCGUCUGACCUAAAAAAGGAAAGUUUACAAAAUAUGUUUUUUAACUUGGAAGUUGUAAGCAGUGCAGACAUUUUGCAGUACGACUCUCUGCUGCUUUCUGGGCAGAAUGGUCCAGAUGUUACUAUGGAAAGUGACAAAGAGAAUUGCGUCACUCAUUGCUUUGCUGCUGAUUGCUCCAAUCAGCCUAAGCAGCACAGUACUGAUUCUGAUAAGGUUGAAGGAAUAGAUAAAUCCAAGCAGCUCAGCUGUGAUUUUGAUGAAACUGGCAUGUCUAAUCAGCCCAAACAGAGCAGCAGUGAUUUAAAUGGAAAUGAAGUAAGGCCUUGGAUGGAAUCUCUACAUUAUGACCUAAUGCUAGAAAAGACUCUGCAAAUUGUGAUUCAUGAAACCAGCGAGGAAAAUAAUUCUGACUGUGAGCACACUGGAAUGAGCAACCUGUGCUUCAUUACGGAACAUGGAGAAGAAGAAAAUUGUUCCAGUAUUCAGGGCUUGUCAGCCGACAUACCUAAACUCAGUCAGAACAGUAGUAAUACUGACACAUCUCUCCUGUCCGAUAUACAGACUGACAAGUGUUCACAAAAUGGGGUGCAUGAACCAAACAAAGAAAACAAUUCAGAAAAUUUGCAGAGUGCCUCUGGAGAGAGUUCUGUAGCAGAAAGCCCUUGUUUCAAUUUGCAAAGUAAAGCAGAAGAAAGUUGCAUUAUUCAUGAUCCAUCAACUGAUGGUUCUGACCAGCCUAAACAGAACAUUGGUGAUUUUGAUGAGGAUGAAGUAAGGCCUUGGAUGUAUUCCCUGAUUCACGAGUUAAAAAAUGAAAAAUGUUUGGGCAUACAAAGUCAAACAGAGAAUAGCCUUGAUGAUACAGAAGAUCUUCAAGAUGAGUGCAAUGACCAGUCCAAACAUAAUAGCAAAAGCUCACUGCUCAAUAUGCAAGAUAAAGCUGAAGAAAGUUGUAGUGUUCAGGAUCCCUCAGCUGACAGCUCUGACAAGCCCACUGAAAACAGUGGUAGCUUUGAUGAAGAUGAAGUAAGACCGUGGAUGUAUUCUCUGAUACAUGAAUUAAAAAAUCAAACAUGUUUUAGUGUGCAAAAUGAAACAGAUGAUGGCUCUAAUAUAGAAGGUCUUGAAACCAAGUGCAAUAAGCACCCUGAACUGAAGAGUGGAAUUCAGCAUGAAACUUGGCCAUUUGAGCUCUGGCAGGAAGACCUGUAUCAUUACCUAAAAAAUCAUCCAGGAAGGUUUAACAGAGAAAACAGUAUUUUGUUCAGUGUGUUGCAUAGUUUCAGAGAAAAAUAUUUGUCAUCACAGGAGCCACUUAACACGAGAAGGAUGCACAGCUUACAGAAACAGAAAAAUCCACCAGAAGUGCAUGAAGAGACCAGUUUAAAUGUUACUGUGCAGAGUCCACGUGGUAGCAGUUGCAGUGUAGAAGACCUAGGAAGUAUGAGUUCUGACCAUCAAGAACCCAGUAGCAGUGAAUUUCUUGGCCUUAGACUUGGGGAUCCAAUUCCACCUUCAUCUUCUGAAUCUGGGAGGGACAAAAGAUUCACCCAUCAGCGGACUGAUUCAGUGCCACGUUCUAGAGAGGACAGCCCUUGUUAUGACGCACAGAAAAAUGAUGAUUGUAAUUUUGAAGAUGUAGAAAAUAGCCUUUCUGGUCAGUCUAUAUAUAAAAGAAGUAAAAUUCAUGAAAAUAGAAAAAGACCUUGGGUUGAAACCCUAAGUGCUGAUUUAUUGUUAAGUAGUUUACUGAACUUGCAGAAUGAUUCAGAACUGAAUUAUGAAGACAGUUCAAGGUGGGAUUCUUUAAGCACACAAGAUUUACAGAGGAGAAUUCAAGCACUCCUUGAUAAAUACAUGGACGAGCCAAGCAGAGGUUUUUAUGGGGACAGCAGAAGGCAUCCUGUAAAACCUUCAGACUUUGAGUCCAUUUGUGGAAGUAAUUCUGAUCUGCAGAAUCUCCGAAGGCGACAGUAUAGAGGUAAAAGAAGUGUAGAUGACAGCUGCAUUACACAACUCAGAGGAAUGGACUACAGUGAUUUUCUUGAAAAUACUGAAAGAAGUGAAGUAGAAUUUGUGGUUUCCAAAGCAAGGAGGCGACACAGUUCUGCUGACCAAGGUCUUCCAAAAUAUGAGAGGGGGAAAAGUUUCUCUGUACAUAGGAGGGUAAUAAUAUUUAUGAGGGGUGUACCUGGCUCAGGAAAGUCUACUCUUGCUCGAUCACUAAUUGAAGACACUAAAAAUGGUGUAGUGCUAAGCACAGAUGACUAUUUUUCUCAGGGUAAAGAGUAUAAAUUCAAUAGUCAACUGCUUGGAGAUGCCCAUGACUGGAAUCAGAAUAGAGCCGAAGAAGCAAUGGAGCAAGGAAAAUAUCCCAUUGUAAUAGAUAACACAAAUAUCGAAGCAUGGGAGAUGAAGCCAUAUGUGGAGAUGGCCCUUAAAAGAAACUAUGAUGUGGAGUUCUUGGAACCAGAUACAUGGUGGAAAUUUGAUCCUGGUGAAUUAGAAAAGAGGAACACACAUCAAGUCCCACGUGAGAAGAUAGCUAAGAUGGUGGAACGAUUUAGUUCUGAAAUAUCUAUAGAUAUUGUCCUUAAUUCUGUGCUGCCAAAAUUUAAAACUAACCCUAGACCCUCACCACUAAAGAAGAGGCGAGGUUUAUCAGACACUCGGAAUUCUAACAGGAUUACUGAUCACUGAGACCUUCAACGCUUAUGUUUGAUGCAGUUUUCGGUCAUUUUUAAUAAAAGUAAAAGAAGAAAACAUUUGGGAUGAAUUACAGCUUUGUUUACACUUUGAUCUUCAUAACCAGAUGCCAGCUUUCUAUUUAUUUUAUGAUCUGGUUCUUCUGCCUGCAGAGGCAGAUUAAACUGUAGACACUUUUUAGUUACAAACCUAGGUUUUGUUAAUGCUUACUGUAAUAUUUGUACAUAUAAAAAUGAUCAAAAAUGUGAUCAUCCAUAAAUACUAAAGGAAAUUGUUUAUUUUAAAAAAAAUAUGGAGUAUAACAAUAUGCUGUAUAUAGUGUUUUAUAAAGAUUGUUAAGAAAUGGAUAGACAUUUUCAGUGUUGUUUUUUCCCAUGGAUUUAGCAUUUAAAGGGAAAACCAUGUCCAUUUUCUGCUGGUCAGAAAAUGGGUCUGAUGUUUUUGUAGUAGCAUACGUCAGUACUAAAGUUCCCAUAUUUUGAGUAAUAUUUGUGUUGUUUGUGCACUGUCAAGUGUUAUGUGUAGGAAGCACUUGUUAAUUGUGCAGUCAUUAAGACUGAUGAGCUGCUUACUUUAUCUGUUUCACCAUUAUGUUACAAUUUCCCAAGUGUGCUUUUUUAAUUCUUUUCAUCUCCUUUGGUACCUGAUUAACACUGAUGCCAAUAAACAACAUUUGACAGGG